AUGGAACGUUCAAAGAAAACCAACGGCAGCAACAGUUGUGAAUUUGCAAAUAAUUUAACAGCCACUAAUGCAUCCUCGGCGGCAGCAACAGUAACAAACAAUACCGUGGGCACAACAACAACAACGACAAGUCCCUGGAGCAACAACAAAGAAUCGCCACCCAAUGAGGAUGACUCGAACGAAGAUGAUACGGAUAAUGCAACACCGGCGAAAGUCACAGAUCCCUUGGCACCUAAAUUAACAAAUAAUGAGCGUGUCCUCGUUGUCUCUGUAACAGAACGACGCCGUGAAACAUGGGGCCAAAAAGCCGAAUUUCUUUUGGCCGUCAUUGGCUUUGCCGUUGACUUGGGCAAUGUUUGGCGUUUCCCCUACAUCUGCUACCAGAAUGGUGGCGGAGCCUUCCUAAUACCCUAUUGCAUUAUGUUGGUAUUCGGUGGACUGCCCCUGUUCUAUAUGGAACUGGCAUUGGGACAAUUUCAUCGUUGCGGCUGUUUGAGUAUAUGGCGGCGAAUAUGUCCGGCAUUGAAAGGUGUUGGCUAUGCAAUCUGUCUAAUUGACAUUUAUAUGGGCAUGUACUAUAACACAAUUAUUGGAUGGGCCGUUUAUUAUCUGUUCGCCUCGUUUACAUCGAAAUUGCCUUGGACAUCGUGCGAUAAUCCAUGGAAUACGGCCGCAUGUAUGCCCGUGACGAAUGCGAACUUUAAUGCCAAUCAAACAACGCCGGCCAAAGAGUUUUUUGAACGCAAAGUCUUGGAACAGUACAAAUCGGAUGGCCUCGAUUUAAUGGGUCCCGUUAAGCCAACAUUGGCUUUAUGCGUUUUUGGUGUUUUCGUUUUGGUCUAUUUCUCCCUGUGGAAGGGUGUCCGUUCCGCUGGCAAAGUGGUAUGGGUAACCGCAUUGGCUCCAUAUGUGGUACUCAUUAUUUUGCUGAUUCGAGGUGUAUCGUUGCCGGGCGCUGAUGAGGGUAUCAAAUAUUAUUUAACACCAGAAUGGCAUAAGCUGAAAAAUUCAAGG